GGUGAGCCUCUCCUCCUGACGCACGCCUGGCAUGCGAACAUAAAUUUAGCAGCAGCGUGUUUGCUGUUGAGGGGGGGUGUGCAAGCAAAUAGCUGGAAGCGUCCGUGGAGUGUCAUGUCGUCUCCGUCUUGUCUUGGCUGACUUUCACCUUCCUUUUCCUCCUCCGCCUGGGAACCGGAGCCGGAGAGCCGCAGAGCGCAGCGGAGAGAGGAGAGGAGAGGAGAGGAGAGGAGACCUCUGGUUCUGAAUAGAGAGCGGGACACGUCCAGAGGCGUCACUCAGCAGCUUGAAAUGACUCUGAGUCUCUUUGCGUCCGAGAUGAUGAUGGUGAUGAUGAUGAUGAUGAUGAGUCGGAGCAGGUCGUGGACGGCUGGACUGCUUCUCCUGGCGGUGUGCGCGAAGGUGGCUGUGUGGGCUGAUGAUGGGGACGCCGUCUUCAUCAGGGAAUACACUCUGAUCCGAAGAGACCACCUUUCAGAAGAGCCUCUCCCAGUCGGUGCCCAAAAACCAGAGGACCCAAGCUCACGGACAGCCCGGUCGGAGGAAGAUCGGGAGACGCUGUGGGAUGCCUGGGGCUCGUGGAGCGAGUGCUCACGUACGUGUGGCGGAGGAGCCUCUUACUCAUUAAGACGAUGUCUGAGCUCCAGAACCUGUGAAGGGCAGAAUAUCAAAUAUCGGACGUGCAGUAAUGUGGACUGCCCUCCAGAUGCUGGGGACUUCCGGGCUCAGCAGUGUUCAGCUCACGCAGACGUGCGUUACCAGGGGCAUUUCCAUGACUGGCUGCCUGUCUAUAAUGAUCCAGAAAACCCUUGUGCUCUCAAGUGUAAAGCCAAAGGCUCGGGUCUUGUGGUGGAGCUGGCGCCCAAAGUGCUGGACGGUACACGGUGUUACACCGAGUCUUUGGACUUCAUUCCUGGUCCCUGGCAGCCCUGCAGCAGAACGUGCGGAGCUGGGACCCAGCAGCGGGUGGUCAAGUGCCAGGUGUUCCUGUCUUUCUCCCAGGCUGUUGCCGACCUGCCUGACGAUGAGUGUGAAGGGGAUAAACCCUCCUCGGUCCAGCCUUGUUAUCGCAAACCCUGCUCUGGAGGCUAUGGCCAGGAGGAUGAAAAUAAAAAAGAGGACGCACCGCAGCGAGGGGAGGACCUGCUUGACUGGGAGUAUGAGGGGUUUACGGAGUGCUCGGAGAGUUGUGGAGGAGGUGUGCAGGAAGCCGUGAUUAUUUGCCUGAACAAGCAGACCAGAGAGGCAGCAGAGCAAAGCCUGUGUGUGAGCUCUCGCCGGCCCCCUCCACUCUUCCAGCACUGUAACGCCCACCCCUGCCCACCGAGGUGGGAAUCAGGGGAGUGGAGUUCCUGCUCUGCCACUUGUGGUGUUGGCCUGAUGACGCGAACCGUAGCGUGCACUCAUCGGCCCUCUCCAGACAGCAACUACUCCACCGUUUUGAAAGAUGAACUUUGUCAGAAGCCCAAACCAAGUCCUUACCAAGCCUGUAACCGCUUUGACUGCCCCCCUACAUGGGAGACACGUGACUGGGGACAGUGCUCCCGGACUUGUGGUGGUGGAGUUCAGAAAAGGCAGGUGUUUUGCAAACAAAGAAUGGCAGACGGCAGUAUCCUUGAACUUCCCGACACCUUUUGUCCAUCCAAGACUCCUGAAAAUCAGCGCCCAUGUGGCAGGCAGGACUGCCCGCCUCAGUGGGUCACUACUAACUGGUCUCAGUGUUCGGUAACGUGUGGAAACGGCAUUCAGACGCUGCAAGCUGUCUGCAGGAAGCAGGAAGAGAAUGGGCAAUAUGAUAUUAUUAACUCGGCAAACUGUUCCAUGAUGGCCCGUCCCAUCAGGAUGCGCUCAUGCUUUCUCAGGCACUGUGAGGAUUCCCCAAAGCCUGGUGCCUCCAUACUUGCCCAGAGGAACGUCUACAUCCAGUGGAAGAGGUCCAAAAAGGUGCAGCUGGCUGUCGGUGGUUAUGCAUACCUCAUGCCCUGGACGACUUUAACCCUUCGUUGCCCAACACGCAACAUCCGUAAGGGCCACAUUCAGUGGCUCAAAGGAGGGAAACCCCUGGUGAAACACCCUCAGUUUUCCAUAAAAUCCCAAGGGUUUCUGAAGAUUCAGCAAGUUCGUCCAACUGACGCUGGGAUCUACACGUGCGCCGCAGGAUCGGCACGAGAACAUCUUGUCCUACACAUCCUUGGCAGCAGGAAAAAGCUGACCGUUCCAGAGUCGUGGCUGAUUGAAAGUAGGCAACACAAGACCAAGCACCCGGAUACAAUCUCAAUCAGAGGAGCAUCUCAGGAGCUAGCUAUACCCCUCAACAAAUAUGACAACCUGGUGGAGCACUUGCUGGAGCAUAAAGGUUAUUACCACAGUAAAAAAUACCUUGCAGACAAACCUUACUCAAAUGAGAAGAACAAGCUGACUCUGGAGAAUGAAAGGACAAAUGCUGAAUCUCAAGUCCCAGCUGUGCUUGUUAUCGAUAGUGCCAAGUUAGAUGAGAUCCUGCUUAAUCUCUCUGAAAGCUUUAGAGGACAACAGGGGGAACGUUUCAUCACGCAGUUCCUCAGUGAGUUUGCCAUGACGCAAGGAGACACCAAUGAAUCUACUGUUCACCCACCAGAGUCCUCCACAAAUGUGCCAAUCCUUCAUAAGCCAAAUCUCAAAACUCACUCUGCAAGAGCUGGGAGUUCAGAGUUUAUCCAGUGGCCUGGGAAGGUUAUAGUAGCAGCUGAAUCUGAAGUUGUUGCUCAUGUUGGGGCCCCAAUUUUCCUGCAGAAACCAGUUGCUUCUUUGGAGCUAAGGUGUCACCCUGUCGGGGACCCUCAAUCAGUUCUAAUGUGGACGAAAAAUGGAAAUCCAUUGCACCUUGAUGGCAGAAUCAGCCUUUCAGCCUCUGGCUCACUGAGAAUCCAGUCUCCAGGUAAAGAAGACGAGGGUCUGUACACCUGUACUGCCAAAAAUCGUCAUGGAAGUACAUCUUUGUCAUCCUGGCUGCGGAUUACAAGUAGUAAUGGAAGAAGCUGUUUCCAGGGCAAUAACACAGACCAUGCUUGCGUUGAGAGGACAAACAGCAGCCAAUCAGCCGAGCUUUGCAGAGGACAAGCCUGCCCCCUCAGCCGGGUUCGAUGGCAAGUGGAUGCAUGGGCGCCGUGUUCGGCCUCUUGCGGAGGGGGAUCCCAGUCUAGAAGCGUUUGCUGCAUGAUGGGCUCCGUGGGCAGUUUAAGAGAAGUACAUAGCAGGCAUUGCCUUGGAAAAGGAAAGAAACCUUCUAACACCAGGUUAUGCAAGAUUUCGCCCAGCGCCAGAUGGGUCACAAGUUCUUGGGGGCUGUGUCACGCCCGGUGUGUGGGCCCCAGUUUGGCUACGCAGCAUCGGCACGUCUACUGCAAAGACGCGAACGGCACCAAAGUUUCCUCCAUGCUGUGCCUUGGUCUCAGGAGGCCCAGCUCUGUGAAGAAUUGCUCCACAGAUGCGUGCUCUCUCUUCUGGCACACGGGGCCGUGGACACCGUGCACGGCUACCUGCGGCCGACACGGAUUUCAGUCCCGUCAGGUGACCUGCAAACACCGUCGGACGGGUAGGACGACGCGAGACCACAACUGCAUGUGGAGACCUCGGCCUUCCACCUGGCAGCGCUGCAACAUGCUGUCUUGUGGCAGAGCAGAGGGCUGCCGUGACAGCACGAGGUACUGCGAGAGGGUCCGCCAGCUGGAGCUCUGCCCGCUGCCCCAGUUCAAGAGCCGCUGCUGCCACUCCUGCAAGAAAACCUGAGGGACGGGGGGGGGGGCAACGGGGGACGAGGCGCGUGGAAAAACUCGGACAGGUCGGGGGGAUGGCCCUAGCGGGGGAACUUGACGCCCACAACUGUCUCUUCUGUGGUGUGUCUCAGAUGAGGGAUGCUGCGUGGGGGGAGGAACGUUUGUGUCAUGCCCCACAGCGGGUGUGAUGAGUCCUCCUUGAGGAUGUCAUGUGUUAGGCCUAAUUUUGAAAGCGAUCUUACGAAACAGAGUGGGCUCUGAAUGAAGGCUCCAGUUUCAAUUCUUUCUUUUUCUUGUCUGUUUUUAAAACUCUUUCCAAGUUGUGCAAACCUGCGAUGAGUUACCACACAGGAGUUGACGACAUUAUCUCUGAAAGGGGAACCGUGGAGAGUGAUGCACUGACUCAUGACCCACCCAGUGACUACUGGUGUCAAUUUAGAGCUUUUCUAAAUUGUCAUGCAUUGGAAAUGCAACACAAUUUUAAAAAAAAAAAAGCAAAGCAAUUUUUCAUUUAAAUGCCUUUAGAGUUAAGUACUCUGUUGCCUUAAUUGCCGACAAGUACCAGUAAACGCAUGGACUUGUAAAAACAGCUAGAAACAGCUAUGUGUUUUUUUUUUUUAUUUAAGUGGUAUACAGUCAACUCAGUGGUAAGAGCCAUUUGUUUAAAAAAAAAAAGCAAAAGAGUGUGACGCUUUUAAUGGAUUGCCAAAAAAACAAACAAAAAAAAAACGUCACAAUAUAAUGAGUUUCAUCUGAAACUAUAGGAAAUUAUAGCCCUUUAUUUGCUUUGCCAUGACCAUCUGUUACCAGGGUUGCAGGUGUUUAAACCGAGGUUCCUGUAAAAUAGAAAAUAGAAAAUUGUAGACAGAUCCCCUGCUGAGGUUUGCACUAAGGGAUAUGUGUGUGACUGAGCGAGCAACGUUUUCAAAGAAAAAAAAUAUACACACGUUUUUUGCACUAACUCAUCAAAGUCCUUGUUAAAAACAUGGCUUACAGAGGUUUUGGUUUCUUUGUUUUGUUCCUAAAGUAAAGUUGUUUGUAUAUUUUCUGUGUCUAAUAUUUCACGAAAAGUCCAUUUUAACCACUAACGUGUUGCUCAUGUAAACUUAGAGAUUCCUUAGUUACAGCGCCCUCCAUUUCUGUUGGGUACCAUGUAAGAGACGAGUAAAAAGGUUUUAAGACACAUUUUACUCCAGUAGCAUCAUCUCAACUGGAGAAUUUAACCCAAAGAAAAACUCAACCUUUAACUUGUGUACAUGUACAGACAAAAGCUUAAACAAUUGUUUCCAGCAAAAUCAGCUAUAGCCAUCAUUAGUAACACUCAUAACAAACCAUAUGAAAAAAAUGUUACUGCAGAAUUUUUUAUUUAUUUUUUUUUGCGUUGGGUUUAUCAAUAUGCCGGGAGUCUUUAAAUAGUAGGCAAUGGUUUUCUGUUUCCCUGAGGUAUGAAAAUUACAUGAUAUAGAGGUUUAUUUUUAAUGUGCACUCCUCAAAAUGGGAAAGGCAAGAAAACAUUGUUCAAGUAAGGCAGAUGUUUGCGGAUCUCAUUUGGUCAGGAAGCAAGUACAACAAGGCCUUGUCUACGCGAAGAUGAACACGUUUUCAAAAGU